AUGUCUGAAGGAUGUAAUGUGGAUACCAGGCCGAGCAUUAAAGCUGCAAAUAGGUUUACACCCAGCGAGACCACUUCCAAGUCAAACGGAAAUCAAGAGCUCGAAAAACACGUAAGCUCAACGAAUUUUCCGCCAAAAGGGACAAACCAAUCGAACGCAAACACCUUUGGCACAAAUAUCAAUAAAAACCGACACCUUCCACCACCUCCAGCAUCCUCGCAGCAUCAACAACUGGCGAAUCCUGAAAUCCCCACUGAUUCAGCAGACACGCCUAACCAGCUAUUAUCGCACCCUCCCGGGCAGAUGCAUCCAGAUCAACAGUACCAGCAUCAGUUACGAUCUGUCCCCUCAUGUAUGGCUGGAAAUUCCAAAGAGCCAGGCCUUCGGAGUCGACAGGACUUACACGCGCCCCAGACAAUAGAAACACAGGACGGUGCCGAAAAGCGACGGCACCAACAAAGAUGUGGUGUUGUUAAGUGUGAGAUUGACACCUCGCGGCCGGAACCAGUGGUACGACAUCAUGUGGAUGUAAGAUAA